UUUCCUCGCUUCGUCCCGACCUCUGACUGAGGACCGACCUAACCGACAAUCGAAUCCCAUAACGGAAGACUUCUAGGGCUAUCCGGUUCUCCCUGAAUCGCCCGUCGUCAGACACAUCGCCGUCAUGGCGCCCCUUCCCAUCAGAUUCGAGGAGCUGGUUCAGCUCCAAAGUGUCGGUGUCCAAGACAGCUCUAUCACCUUCAACUCUUGCACACUCGAGUCAGAUUCCUACGUGUGCAUCCGAGACCAGAAGAGCGAAUCCGCCUCGCCUGAAGUUGUCAUUGUCGACCUCAAGAAUGGCAACAAUGUCACCCGACGCCCUAUCAAGGCCGACAGUGCCAUCAUGCAUUGGACCCGCCAAGUCAUCGCCCUCAAGGCCCAGUCUAGGACGCUGCAGAUCUUCGACCUGGAGCAGAAGCAAAAACUCAAGUCCACCACCAUGAACGAGGACGUCCAGUACUGGAAAUGGAUCAGCGCCACCUCCCUGGGCUUGGUAACCGACGGCUCUGUAUACCACUGGGAUGUCUUCGACCCUGCCCAGGCCGCCCCCGUCAAGGUCUUCGACCGCAAUGCCAACUUGAGCGGUUGCCAAAUCAUCAACUAUCGUACCAGCGCCGACGGCAAGUGGAUGGUCGUUGUGGGCAUCGCCCAGCGCGAAGGCCGCAUCGUCGGCGCCAUGCAGCUCUACUCCAAGGACCGAGGCAUCAGCCAGGCCAUCGAAGGCCAUGCCGCCGCCUUUGGCACCGUCCGACUCGAGGGCGCCCCCGCUGACACCAAGCUCUUCACAUUCUCCGUCCGGACCGCCAACGGUGCCAAGCUUCACAUCGUCGAGGUCGACCGCCCGGAGGCGAACCCCGCUUUCCAGAAGAAGGCCGUCGAUGUCUACUUCCCGCCCGAGGCCACCAACGACUUCCCCGUCUCCAUGCAGGUCUCCCAAAAAUACGGCGCCAUUUACAUGGUCACCAAGUACGGCUUCAUCCACCUCUACGAUCUGGAGACCGGCAACUGCAUCUUCAUGAACCGCAUCUCGAGCGAAACCAUCUUCACCACCUCCCCCGACGCCAACUCGUCCGGAAUCGUCGCCAUCAACCGAAAGGGUCAGGUGCUCUUCGUCACCAUCGACGAGUCCAACAUCAUCCCCUACCUGCUGCAGAAUCCCGCCAACUCCGACAUCGCCAUCAAGAUGGCGUCGCGGGCCGGCCUUCCCGGCGCCGACAACCUCUACGCCCGCCAGUUUGAGCAGCUGAUGAACGCGGGCAACUACCUGGACGCCGCCAAGGUGGCUGCCAACUCGCCUCGCGGUUUCCUGCGGACCGCCGAGACCAUCGAGAAGUUUAAGCGCCUGCCUCAGCAGCCGGGCCAAAUGUCCUUCAUCCUCCAGUACUUCGGCAUGCUGCUGGACAAGGGCGAGCUGAACGAGCACGAGUCCAUCGAGCUGGCCCAGCCCGUGCUCGCCCAAAACCGGAUGAACCUGCUCGAGAAGUGGCUGAAGGAGAACAAGCUGCACUGCUCCGAACGGCUCGGUGAUCUCGUCCGCCCGCACGACCUGAACGCCGCCCUGGCCAUCUACCUCAAGGCCGACGUCCCUCACAAGGUCGUUGCCGGCUUUGCCGAGAGCGGCCAGUUCGACAAGAUCCUGCCCUACGCCGCGCAGACGGGCUAUCAGCCUGACUACGUGCAGCUUCUCCAGCACAUUGUCCGUGUGAACCCCGAGAAGGGUGCCGAGUUCGCUACCUCGCUCGCCAACCAACCGGGCGGCUCCCUCGUCGAUAUCUCCCGCGUCGUCGACAUUUUCCAGUCUCAGGGCAUGAUCCAGCAGGCCACCGCCUUUUUGCUUGACGCCCUGAAAGAAAACCUCCCGGACCAGGGCCAUCUGCAGACACGUCUCCUCGAGAUGAACCUGCUGAAUGCGCCGCAGGUCGCCGAUGCCAUCCUCAGCAACGAGCUGGUCACGCACUUCGACAAGCCGCGCAUUGCCGCUCUUUGUGAGCAAGCUGGUCUGUACCAGAAGGCCCUCGAGCUCUAUGAGGACCCAGAGGCCGUCAAACGCGUCGUCGUCAAUAUUGCUGGCACGCCCAACUUCAGCCUGGAUUGGUUGACCACCUUCUUCGGAAAGCUGUCCGUUGAGCAGUCCUUUGACUGCCUGGAUGCCAUGAUGAAGCAUAACAUCCGCCAGAACCUGCAGGCCGUCGUGACCAUUGCCACCAAGUACAGUGAGCUGCUUGGCUCCGUCCGCCUGAUCGACCUGUUCGAGAAGUACAAGACCGCCGAAGGCCUGUUCUACUACCUCGGCAGCAUCGUCAACCUUUCCGAGGAACCCGAUGUCGUCUUCAAGUACAUCGAAGCCGCCACCAAGAUGGGCCAGUUCAACGAGGUCGAGCGUAUUUGCCGAGACAACAACCACUACAACCCUGAGAAGGUCAAGAACUUCCUGAAGGAAGCCAGGCUUCAGGAGCAGCUCCCGCUCAUCGUCGUGUGUGACCGCUUCAACUUUGUCCACGACCUCGUCCUGUACCUCUACCAGCACCAGCAAUUCCAGUCCAUCGAGACGUACGUUCAGCGGGUCAACCCUUCGCGGACCCCCGCUGUCGUUGGCGGCCUGCUCGAUGUCGACUGCGACGAGGGCAUCAUCAAGAACCUCAUCUCCACUGUCAACCCCCAGUCCAUCCCCAUCGACGACCUCGUGCAGGAGGUCGAGUCGCGCAACCGUCUCAAGCUGCUCCUCCCUUUCCUCGAACAGAUGCUUGCCGCUGGCAUGGAGCAGCGGGCUGUCUACAACGCUCUGGCCAAGAUCUACAUCGACUCCAAUAACAACCCCGAGAAGUUCCUCAAGGAGAAUAACCAAUACGACACUCUCACCGUCGGCAAGUACUGCGAGAAGCGUGACCCCAACUUGGCCUUCAUCGCCUACUCCAAGGGCCAAAACGAUCUCGAGCUCGUCAAUAUCACGAACGAGAACUCGAUGUACCGCGCCCAGGCCAGGUAUCUGCUCGAGAGGGCCGACAGGGAGCUUUGGAACUUUGUUUUGAGCGAGAACAACAUUCACCGCCGUUCCGUCAUCGACCAGGUUACCGCCACGGCUGUGCCUGAAUCUACCGACCCCGCCAAGGUGUCCGAGGCGGUGGCCGCCUUGCUGGCCAACGACCUCCCUCUGGAACUCAUCGAGCUCCUGGAAAAGAUCGUGCUGGAGCCUUCGCCCUUCAGCGACAACCAGAAUCUCCAGAACCUGCUCAUGUUUACCGCUGCCAAGGCCGACAAGGCCAAGGUUAUGGACUACAUCCACAAGAUUGACGGCUAUAGCGCCCCCGAUAUCGCCUCGGCCUGUAUUGAUGUCGGGCUGUACGAGGAGGCGUUUGAGAUCUUCAAGAAGGCCGGCGAUCGGACGGCCGCUGUGGAUGUCCUCGUCGACCACGUCGUUAGCAUCGACCGGGCUCAGGCGUUCGCGGAGGAAGUUGAUUUGCCGGAGGUGUGGUCCAAGGUCGCCAAGGCCCAGCUGGAUGGCGUCCGGGUCACCGACGCCAUCGAGUCGUACAUCAAGGCCGAGGAUCCCCGCAAUUACGAGGAAGUCAUUGAGACGGCCGUGCAUGCCGGCAAGGACGAGGACCUUAUCAAAUAUCUUCGCAUGGCGCGCAAGACGCUCCGGGAACCGCCCAUCGACACCGCCCUCGCCUUCUGCUACGCCCGUCUCGACCAGCUCGGUGAGCUUGAGGACUUCCUCCGCGGCACCAAUGUCGCCAACAUUGAGGAGUCCGGCGACAAGGCGUACGCCGAGGGUCUGUACGAGGCUGCCAAGAUCUUCUACACCAGCAUCUCCAACUGGGCCAAGUUGGCGACCACGCUGGUACACCUCAACGACUACCAGGCGGCCGUGGAGUGCGCCCGCAAGGCCAACAACAUCAAGGUCUGGAAGCAGGUGCACGAAGCCUGCGUCGAGAAGAAGGAGUUCCGUCUCGCCCAGAUCUGCGGUCUCAACCUCAUCAUUGACGCCGAGCAGCUGCAAACUCUUGUCAAGCAGUACGAGCGCAACGGCUACUUUGAUGAGCUCAUCAGCCUCUUGGAGCAAGGCCUGGGCCUGGAGCGUGCGCACAUGGGAAUGUUCACCGAGCUCGGCAUCGCCCUCUCCAGAUACCAUCCCGAGCGGUUGAUGGAGCACCUCAAGCUCUUCUGGAGCCGAGUCAACAUGCCCAAGCUCAUCCGUGCUUGCGAGGAGGCCAACCUGUGGCCCGAGCUGGUGUUCUGCUACUACCACUAUGACGAAUUCGACAACGCCGUCCUCACCGUGAUCGAGCGACCGGAGAACUCGUGGGAGCACCACCAGUUCAAGGAGAUGAUCGUGAAGGUGGCCAACCUGGAGAUCUACUACAGGGCCAUCAAAUUCUACGUCGAGCAGCACCCCACGCUGCUCACCGACCUCCUCCAGGUGCUCACACCGCGCAUCGACGUCAACCGGGUGGUCAAGAUGUUCGAGAAGAAUGACGACCUGCCUCUUAUCAAGCCUUUCCUCCUCAGCGUCCAGUCGCAGAACAAGCGCUCGGUCAACAACGCCAUUAACGAUCUCCUGAUCGAAGAGGAGGACUAUAAGACUCUUCGUGACUCGGUCGAGAACUACGACAACUAUGACCCCGUCGAGCUCGCUGCCCGCCUGGAGAAGCACGACCUGAUCUUCUUCCGACAGAUCGCGGCCAGCAUCUAUCGCAAGAACAAGCGGUGGGAGAAGUCGAUUGCUCUCUCCAAGGAGGAUAAGCUGUACAAGGAUGCCAUUGAAACGGCAGCCAUGUCCGGAAAGAGUGACAUGGUUGAAGACCUUCUCCGCUACUUUGUCGACAUUGGCAGCCGCGAAUGCUACGUGGGCAUGCUCUACUCGUGCUACGACCUGAUCAGGCCAGAUGUGGUGCUCGAGGUCUCCUGGCGCCAUGGCCUCAACGAUUUUACCAUGCCGUACAUGAUCAACAUGCUCUGCCAACAGACCAAGGAGCUGGCCACCCUCAAGGCCGACAACGAAGCUCGCAAGGCUAAGGAGACGGAGAAGGAGAAGGACGAGUCGACAGGCCCUAUUCUGGGGGCCAACCGCCUCAUGAUCACAGCCGGCCCUGCUGCCAUGGGGGCGCCAUCUCCCGCUCCGUACGCCCCGGCCAACGGCUUCGCCCCUCAGCCGACAGGGUACGGCGGCUUCUAGGUGCAGGUCCCGGCCUGGCGUUAGACACCCGACCAAGUACCUUGGCACCAAAGGGCCCCGUCGCUGAUGGGGGGGAUGAGCUGUGUGAACGGGGAGACGAUGUAUCCCCAGGCACCA